UUCAGUGAAAUCGUUGCAGAGAAGAAAAUAAGUUCAUCAUGUUGAGAAAUAUUAUUCUUGUUUGGAUUACUUUAUCAGCCGUAAUACUGAGAGACUCCACUGCUGCUGAUUUGAAGAAUCAGCAAAGGCUUGCUGCUGUAUUUGCGGAGUGCAAAAUCUCUGAAAGUGCUACCGACAGUGAUUUACUGAAACUGAAAAUAGCAGGCAGCGUAAAGACACCAGCAGUGAAAUGUUUGUCGACCUGUAUAAGUGAGAAAAUGGGAAUAAUCAGCAAUCGUCAGUUAAAUGUUGAAGGCGUGAUGAAACUCCUUAGAUCUGCAGGUAAUGAUGAAAAGGUUAUUCACAGUGUCAACGAAAUUAUUGCUGAAUGUAAAAAGAUUCGAGAAUCAGAUCGGUGUGAAUAUGGCUCAAAAGUUAUGGAUUGCAUAAACGAUGGUGGCCUUAAACGAGGAAUAACAAUGUGACUUUAAUCCUUCACUGGUUGAUCGCCACGCUAGUUCAUUCUUUGAAAAUUAAUUUAAUUUUAUUUCAUUUUAUUGCACGGCAGAGUAAUAGUAA